UGAUAAAGUUUAGGCAAUUACCAUUUGUUUGUUCGUAUCAAUCUGGAGUAGUGUACAUUUUUCUGUGACAUUUGAUAAAGAAUUGAUUAGACAUUGCCCUGGUAACUUCGGAGCCCACACGUCCACCACGGCACCACCGGGCUGACCCUUUGCCAUUCCUGAUUUUACUCACACCCAUCUGGAGAGGAACCGAAGAGGCGGCGAACCUCCCCUACGGCUACGGCAACAAUCCACGCCGCCGCCCGCGAGCAGGUGGUCCCACGCGAGUGCUGGGAAGAAGAAGAGGAAGCAGCACAGCGGCAGCUCCCGCGUCCGACCCCUGGAGAGCGUAUUGCUGGUUUGGAUUGCACUCGAUGGCGUCCGGAGGAGGAGGCAUCGCCCGCGCGCGCCUUGCCGAGGAGCGCAAGGCGUGGCGCAAGAACCACCCACAUGGCUUCGUGGCCAAGCCGGAGACCCUGCCGGAUGGGUCCGUCAACCUCAUGCUCUGGCGAUGCAUCAUCCCCGGCAAGGAGGGCACAGAUUGGGAGGGUGGAUAUUUCCCACUCACUAUGCAAUUCACUGAAGACUACCCAAACAGCCCUCCUUCCUGCAAGUUCCCUUCAGGCUUUUUCCACAUUAACGUCUACGACUCUGGGGCAGUAUGCCUAUCAAUCUUGAGUAGCGGAUGGAAACCUUCAAUUACAGUGAAGCAAAUUCUUAUGGGCAUCCAAGAGCUGUUUGAUGAUCCAAAUCCUAUGUCUGCUGCCCAGAAUUUAAGCUAUGAGCUCUAUAAAAAGAACAUGCCGGAGUACAGGAAGUGUGUCCGUCAGCAGGCCAAGAAGUACCCUUCAGCUCUUUAGCCGUGCACUACCCGCAAGAUACUGGCCGCUAUACAUUUUGAUGAACCUGUCAAGACCGCGUCUGUAAUUGCUGGGGGCUAAACUCGUGCUCAUGCUGUGGUAUGGUCAGUUGCCGAGUUGGCAAUGUGGUGAUAUGCCUGUUAGAACCACUAAAAUACACUUUUAAGUCGACCUGCAUGACUAUUGUCCUGGCCUGUCGGUGCCUUAACAGCAGAAAGUUUCAAAAGCUUCGAGCUUUUUUCUGAUGUUUUUUCUCUUCUCUGUGAUGGGAAGAUUUCGUCGAGGGACUCCUCGAAUCGAUAGCUCAGAUUGACAGCCCAAAUGAUUGUGAGAGGGGGUGGCCCAAAUGGGCCUAGAAGAUUGCCAAUCUUCCCUGGUCACACAGGUCAAUAAAGCUGCAUCUGUACU